CAUGAAGGAUUUUCCCCACGUAAACAAAAAAAAAGACAAGAUGGAUUCCUUCUUCAGUCUCUUCGAUCCGUCGGACGGGAAUCAAAGUAAACAGAAUAAUAAGAAAAGACAUAAAAACGAUCAGGACAACGCCAGGAAGAACCCUGACGCUCCCAAGGGUAGACGGAGAGGAAGGCGAUCUCAAGGGAAGAACGAAACUCUACCGGAGGAAUCGUCGUUCCUCUGCGAACCGGACCUCAGUACAGAGAUCUUAGUUAAAGAUUACAGUUAUAUAGAGAAUUAUAUAGAAGUGAACAAGCGGGAUGAUGAUAACAAAGGUGACGACAAGAGACCGCGCAGACGUAACUCCGGACGCAAGAACAGAAGGAAAAAGAACAAAAUAUCACCAGCCAAAGACCAGCCCAACGCCGCCUGGCAGGACGCCCAAACAGAAGUACCGGAAACCCUGAACAAUCAGUCUUCUAUACCCAAGAUCUGUGACGAGAAUAUAGGCAAGAACGUGAAUGAUCUGAAGUCGGACGACUUCAAGAAGACCAGGAGGAAAUCCUUGAACGAUGAGAACGAAGAUACCAAGUUUGCGGACAGGGUGUACAAUGUUAUAGACAAGUUGGAGAAGGUCAGGAUCAAGGAUGACAUGUACUUGGCUGGGGAUUUUAGUUCUGAGGAUCUGGAGAGCGACUUCUUCUACAGUUCCGAUGAUAUGGGGGAGUACGGCGACGAUACGUCCGAUGGUGAUGACUCUGGUGAUGAAUGCUACGGGACUCUACCGCCGGAACCGAGAUUCGGUAACGUGGAGUACAAGUUGCAACUCGUCUCGCCUUGCGAGCGACGCUUCCAACAUUUGGUGACUCAGUUAAAAUGGCGACUACGUUCCGGAGGGGGAGCGGCGGUGUACGUGGUGGGGGUGAGGGACUGCGGGGCGCUGAGGGGGCUGCGGCCGGGCCCUCUGAAGGCUUCCCUAAGGGCAUUAAGAGACAUGGCGAGGGCUUUGGGGGCUGUAAUCGUCAGUGCUAAGGCGAGGAGAGUGGCGCCGGGGAGGGCUGUGGCAGAAGUGUACAUAAGAAAGUUAGCGGACACCCAGCAGAGCGUGGAGCUAAGGGUGGCUGUGAUGGGAGCCAACGAAGCCGGAAAAUCCACACUCAUAGGCGUUUUAACUCAAGGUGAACUAGAUAACGGUACGGGUAGCGCACGUCUGAACAUGUUCAGACAUUUACACGAAGUUAAAAGUGGACGCACGUCUUCCCUCAGUCACGAGAUACUGGGGUUCGAUGCUCAGGGUAACGUGGUAAAUUACGGAUGUUCGGAGCUAAUGACGGCGGAGAGGAUUGGUGAACGAAGCGCCAAGCUGGUCUCGUUCCUAGACCUGGCGGGUCAUAGCAAGUACCAGCGGACCACCCUCCACGGACUCACGGGCUAUUCCCCGCAUUACGCCAUGGUCGUGAUCUCGGCGACAGCGGGUGUAACGAAAAUAACAGAAGAGCACAUCGGGCUGCUCCUAGCGCUGGACAUGCCUUUCUUCGCCGUCAUAAACAAGUGUGAGCUGGCGAAUAAUAUCAACCACGUGGUAGAAAGGUUGGCACAACUGCUGGAGCCGGCGAAGAAGAAACCCGUGCUGAUAACGGAUGAGAAUAUGGCUAGGAAUUGCGUCGCUCCACAGAAGUCUAUUUUGGACACCAUUGACGAUGGUGAUGAGGACAACAAAAAAGAAGAAGAGGUGGCGCUGUUCCCGGUGAGCUGCGUGCGCGGCGCCGGCCUCAACGCGCUGCACGCCUGCCUGCUGGCGCUGCGCCCCCGCCCCGCGCCGCCCGCCGCCGGGGACGAAACAUGCGAGUUUCAAAUAGACGAGAUUUUCCACGUCGGCGACUCGACCGGCCCCGUCGUUGGCGGCCUGCUGGCGAGGGGGCAGCUGUUCGAGGGUGACAACUUGAUUAUAGGCCCGCUGCCGGACGGCUCGUUCGCGCCGGCGCUCGUGCGCUCGGUGUACCGCAACCGCGUGCCGUGCGGCCGCGUGCGCGCCGGCGAGAGCGCCUCGCUGGGGCUGGCGGUGGGCGGGGCGGGGGGCGGGGACAGCGUGCGCGCGCGGCCCGGCCUCGUGCUGCUGGCGCCGCCGCGCGCGCCCGCCGCCGCGCCGCGCCCCGCCUUCGGCGCCUGCCGCCCGGGCCGCUGCCGCGCGCAGAUCAGCGAAUUGGUCCAGACGUCACAAACGUCGCAGAAGAGCCGUAAGAACGCGAGACGCCAAAACAAGAACAUCCUGCAAGACAUAGCGAUGGCGCAGAACGAUCUGACGAAGUCUUCGGACACGAAGAACGAAAACGUGUACGUGUCGGAUGAUGAGGACAAGUUGAACAUGCGGAUUUCUGAGGCCGACAUGCGCAUGCCAGAUAAGGGUGAUAGGGACUGUGUCUGCGGCGAUGUAGUGUUUCUAGAAGAUCCGAACGAUCCAAGGGGAUGUAUAUAUUUUCAGGCAUCAGUACAUGUGCUGAGGCACUCCACCGCGAUAUACCCGGGCUUUCAGUGCUCAGUACACGUCGGCAAUGUACGGCAGACUGCCAUCAUAGAGGGUAUAAUGUCACCGAACAACGUCCUGAGGGCCGGUGAAGCGGCCUCAGUGCUGUUCAGGUUCUCGAGAUGCCCCGAGUACUUGGUGAAGGGAAGGAGGCUGAUCUUCACAGCGGGGUUGGGGACCCGAGCUAUCGGACGAGUAACACAGACAUUUCCGUACAUACCGUGAAGAUAAUGUUCUAAGUACAAGAUCUCUUGAAAUAUCUAGAUAAAUUUAAUUUGUAAAACUUUUUGAUAAUCAUUUUGCAACAAUCAGUCGUCUUUGACUCGAAGAUUUGAAAUAAUUUAAAGAGAACCCUUGUCUUCUCGAUUAGGUUUAAAUAAGUUUAAAAAAUAAAAUAACAAGAAUUAUAAAUUUGUGUUCUUUUAUUAAUAAAAUAUUUGAAUAAUA